UUCCGCUCUACUCAUGACGUCAGCAUAGCCCCGCAGUUGAAACAAGCCCGCGAAUAUUCGUAUUCGCAAAUGUAUGAAGUAUAGUGGAUUACACAGCAACACACAAAAUCAAGCAACCUCGCAGGAGGCGCCGGUGCAAACAUGAUGCAAUCAUGUUUGUCGUGGAAACCGGAGAGAGUGGGACCUGUGGAUGUUGACGACAUUAAAAGGAACCUGCUGGAAGACUUCUCUGCGCAGACGGAGAACCUGCAGGUUUACCUGAGAGUGCGACCCUUGACCUCAGCUGAGAGAGAGAGUGGAGAAACUGAGGAUUGUGUUACAAUAGAAAGCCCUGAGACUGUUGUACUGAAACCGCCACGGUCUUCUCUACACAACCGGCAACGUGAGAAACCCCUCCUACAGACAGCGCAAAGGUUUACUUUCACUCAGGUGUUUGGUCCAGAUUCCACUCAGAGGAAAGUUUUUGACGGUUCAGUUCGAGGUUUAGUCCGACAAGUUCUGGAUGGAAGCAACUCUCUGGUUUUCACCUAUGGAGUCACUAAUGCUGGCAAGACCUUCACCUUCCUAGGUCCAGACCAUGAUGGUGGUCUCCUGCCCCGGUCUUUAUCAGUCAUCUUUAACAGUCUGGCUGGCCGCCUCUACCCUCGAUUUGACUUGAAGCCUCAGCGCUGCAGGGACUUCAGUAGACUGACCCCUGAACAGCAAACGUUCGAGGCAACCCAAAAGAAGAACUUACUCAGACUCUGCAAGGAGGCUGACAAGAGUGUGUCAGGGAGCAAAUCAACAUUUCUGGACGGCUCCUCCGUCUGCUCGGACAGCAUUAACAGCGUCCCUGACGACAGUUUCACCGUAGACUACGGCUCAAACAUACAGUUUUCAAUUUGGAUUUCUUUUUGUGAGAUUUACAAUGACAAUGUCCACGACCUUUUGGACCAGGUCCCCGUUGGACAAAAGAGACAGUUCCUGCGUCUGUCCCAGGACGUCAAAGGAAACUCCUACAUCAAAGACCUGAGGUGGGUCCAGGUCAACAAUUCCGAAGAGGCCUACAGACUCAUGAAGGUUGGCAAGAAAAACCAGAGUAUCUCAGCCACUAGACUGAACCAGGAGUCCAGCAGAAGCCAUAGCAUCUUUUCCAUCAGGAUCAUGAGAGUGGACCAUGUUGGAGUUCCCAGAGUUGUCGGCAUCAGCGAGUUGGUCCUGUGUGACCUCGCUGGAUCUGAACGAUGCUCUCGGACCAACAAUACUGGGAAACGACUGAAAGAAGCAGGAAAUAUUAACACGUCUUUGCUGACACUGGGAAAGUGUCUCCAGUCCCUGAGACUGAACUCUCAAAACAAGUUUCAGCACCACGUCCCCUUUCGAGAGUCUAAGCUGACCCACUUUCUCCAGUUCUUCUUCAGUGGUGCUAGCCGGGUCACCAUGGUGGUCAACAUCAACCAAAACUUUUCCAACGUGGAUGAGACUCUCAAUGUGCUCAAGUUCUCUGCCUUAGCUCAGAAGGUCGUAAUGGUAAACAGUCAACCCAUGGUGGUGGAUCCAGUCAUUUCAGGACCAGAACGUUCUCUGAACAUGAUCGAAGCCCAGAAGAAUGUGAUGAGACACGGGCGCAAGAGCUCACUGAUUGCAUGGGAGACCAGUUUGGAGGAUGUACUUGAAGAUGUGGACGAGGAUGGUGAGGAAGAGGAGGAAGAAUUUGAGGAGAGUGAGGUCGAAGGAACCGUGUUGGAGGCUGAGGAAGAGGAGGAGGAAGGAGAAGAAGACAGGACCAUGGAGGUGGACAAGGAGGUUGAAAAACAAGGAGCACUCCGUCUGCUUUUGGAGGCUCAGAUAAGAGAAGAAGUAUGUGCCGAGUUCAGGGAUAUUUUCACUAAGAUGGAGAAAGACUUCAGUGAUCGUCUGGAGAAGGAGCGUGAGAUCCUUGAGCAGCGGGCAGAGAAAAGAGUGGAGAUCCUGAAGAAUCUGGUCACCAAGAUGGGCAUGGACACCGUUAAAACCGACCAGCUACAGGGUGAACAGGCGGAGCUGUGGGAGGGAUUCAUCCACUCAAUGAGCCGAGAUCUUGAGAAGAUCAGAGAAGAUGCAGAAAGUGUUCACCUGUGUCUCACUCAACAAACACAAGCAGCAGAGUUAGAGGCGUUACGAUUGGAGAAUAAGCAGUCACAUGACCAAUUGCUGGAAGCCAAUGAGAGUCUUGAGCUGCAGCGCAAUAAGCUGUCUGGUCUUGAAGUCGUCUGUGAGCAGAAAAAUGAACUGAUCAAAAAACUGGAGGAUGAGAUGAAGACGACCCUUGAGAGAGCGGAACGAGAUAAGGGGCAGGUGGAGAUGUUGAAGGCAAAGCUACUGGAACUGGAGAAGUCCUGUAGCUGUGCCAAGUUGGGGGCGGAAGAUCAGAGGGACUGUGAUUUGGGGACUAAGAACUUGACGGAUGAGGACUUAACUGACCGAAACCAGCAGGACAGGAAACGUCAGAAGCUCACAGAGACUGACGAUGGACAACGUCCUGCCAAAAAGCCAGACACAGACUGUGGGAAGUGCGCCUACUCAUGGUCGUCACUGGAGCGGGAGCGGAGAGAAACUGCCCGGUUGAUGAGGGAGAAUAAAGCUGUUAUCAACGGAAUGUUCCAGCUGCAGACAAGGGUAAAGAGUCUGGAAGAGGAAGUACAGAACCUGACUGAACAAUGCACCCGGCAAUCUCAAGAGCAACAGGAGUUGCUGGCGCAGAACCAGGAGCUGCAGACGCAAUUAGAGAAAGGGGAGGAGCCAAGUGUCUUUCACGCCACCAUCAAGCAGCUCAAGCUGGAGAGUGAGGCAGCACUGGAGAGCUCAAUCCAGAAGUCACAACACAUCCAGCAGCUGCAGCAAGACAAGGAUCAGCUGGAGGCCCGACUAAGUCUCAGUGAGACCCGCUGCAGUCAGCUGUCAGAGGACAUGAGGGGUUUGAAGGAGGAGCUGGAAAGGAGGCACAACGAACUACAGAAAAGAGAGGAGCAGAGACAGAUGAGAGAAGAUGAGCUACGAAGGCAGGAAGAACAGAGGCAGAUGACAGAGGAAGAGCUUGUGCGGGUGAAAGAGCAAAGGCGGGUGAUAGAGGAGAGGCUCAUAAAGAUGGAGGAGAAGCUGGAGGGGCUGGAGGUACAGAGGCAGGUGAGACAGAGCGAGCUGCAGAUGUUGGAGAAACAACUGCAGAGUCGGGAGGAGGAGAUUAAGAGGAGAGGGGAACAGCAAAAGAUGGUGGAAAAAGAGCAAAAGAGUGAGGAGAAUCUGCAAAGUAUAACUGAGGAGCAGCUGGAGAUGGAUAAAGAGAAAGCACCACAGACUAGAGAUGAGCUGCUUCCAAAGCAGGAGAAGUCCGAGGUUGGAGAGGAGCAGAUUGGUGAGCUGGAGUCUCAGAAGAUAGAGGAGCAGCUGGGGGAAGAGCAAACCAGCCCUCUCAAGAUGCAGAGUAAAUUCUCAGUGGUGGAGGAGCUGAAGGAGGAGCUGCUAAAGUUCAAAGAGAAGAAAGAACAGCGCCAACGUGAGAAGCUUUGGACUCAGGCUGUUCUCAGACCAGUCAGACAUGACCAGAAUAUUCCACCUGUUACCAUGUCUGCGUGUGAUGGAAAGAAAAAUCUGAGAACCACUGCACGGAAGAGGAAGAGUUAUGAAGUGGAGGACCUGGAGUCCAGUGAGAACAAGCGAAAUCGUGCGAGGGGAAUAGAUGCCACCACCAGCUCAGGUAAAUCUAUCCUGGGGCGAUUAGCCAAUACGGCGCCCAAACAACGACGAGGACGGAGGAAGUUGUUUAAGGCUGAUAUUUCAACACCACUGAGCAUUUCUCCAGUGAUUGUCACAGCAGAAGAGGAGAAAGAAAGUGCUCAUGCAAUCGUCAAGCGUCAGCUCCGUUCCAAGUGUCCAAGGAAGUGACACGAUGUUUGUGUACACAUUUUCAUUGGUUUUACUGAACCUUUUUUUUCUCCUAUUAAAACAUUAUAAAUGAUGGCUUGCUGGAUAGAUAUUUGAUCGGCCAGCAAGUAGAUACAUUCCUCAUUGUUCUCUUGUUAGAGAAUAACACAGU